AUAAACAACAACAAUGGCGGAUGGGGACGCUAAGCUCCCUGAGAUUUCCAGAAACGACUCAGACUGUGCAUAUGCAGACAAGGAAAAUGAGCCUGUCCUGCCCUCAGACGGCGAGAAGAAGAGGGAGGAGAGGGACGAGAGUAAAGGUGACGGGGACUACAUCAAGCUGAGCAUCGGGGACCAGUAUAUGGUGCGCCGCUCGGAGGACACCUGGCAGGCGGCCGAAAUCAUUCAGACCCGCUACAAUGACAUCGACCUGCAGGAUGAGUACUACGUGCACUACGACGGCCUCAACCGCCGCCUGGACGAGUGGGUCACCAAGGAAAGGAUUGAUUUGUCAGAACUGUACCAGCGUGGAGACAAGACAGGCCAUGACCUCCUCAGUGAUCAGACGGCUGGCAGAAAAAUCACAAGAAAUCAGAAGAGAAAGCAUGAUGAAAUCAACCAUGUACAGAAGACAUAUGCCGACAUGGAUCCCACCACGGCGGCGCUGGAGAAGGAGCACGAGGCCAUCACCAAAGUGAAGUACAUCGACAGGAUACAGAUUGGCAAGUUUGAGAUAGACACGUGGUACUUCAGCCCCUACCCUGAGGAAUAUGGCAAGGUUCCCAAGCUGUACAUCUGUCAGUACUGCCUCAAGUACAUGAGACUCGAGAAGACUUACAGAUAUCACCUGAGCGAGUGUACUUGGAGACAACCCCCGGGCCGUGACAUCUACCGUAAGGGGACCCUCAGCAUCUACGAGGUGGACGGGGCAGACCACAAGAUCUACUGCCAAAAUUUGUGUCUUCUGGCCAAGCUGUUCCUGGACCACAAAACACUAUAUUUUGACGUGGAGCCCUUCCUGUUCUACAUCCUGUGUGAAGUGGACAAGCAGGGUGCUCACCUGGUGGGCUGCUUCUCCAAGGAGAAGGAGUCCCCCGAUGGCAACAACGUGGCGUGUAUCAUGACUCUGCCGCCUUUCCAAAGAAAAGGUUAUGGGAAGCUUCUCAUUGCUUUCAGCUAUGAGUUGAGCAAGCUGGAGGGUGUGGUGGGGAGCCCUGAGAAGCCAUUGUCAGAUUUGGGGAAGCUCUCCUAUCGCUCCUACUGGACGUGGGUGCUGCUGGAGAUCCUGAGGGACUUCAAGGGCACACUCUCCAUCAAGGACCUCAGCCAAAUGACAAGCAUCACCCAGCAGGACAUCAUCUCCACUCUACAAAACAUUAAUUUGGUCAAGUAUUGGAAAGGACAGCACGUGAUCUGUGUUACACCAAAGCUAGUGGAAGAAUAUAUCAACUCAGCCCAGUUCAAGCGACCAAGACUAACUGUUGAUACAUCACUGUUAAGGUGGUCGCCGCCCAAAAGACAGCACACUCAGAAGAGAAAAUGAAGGUACCUAAUAUAUCCAGUACAAAUGUUCUAAGAGAUUUAAAGCUGACAGGAAAACAUAUUGGCUUUACAUCCUUUAGAUCUGUUUCUGUAUUUGUGAAUCCUGUGUAAUUUGUAGAAAUAAAUUUAUUUGAUCCAUAA